UGCAUAUUUCCCCAAACUGUAAACAUCUUCUUUUCUGCCUUCGUCGUCAUGUCGACUCCCGUCCUCCAUUACUUUAGAUUGGGAAACCUCGGUCGUGGGGAAAUUGUCCGGUUGUUUUUGAGAGAGCUCAACAUCGAAUACGAGAACAAGUUCUACGUCUACGACGAUACAUGGCCAUCCAUCAACAAGUCCACGGGCGUUAGUUUGACCGGCACUCUACCCAUCCUGGAAAUUGAUGGGCAGAGGCUGUAUCAGCAUCUCGCCAUUCUGCGGUAUCUCUCCCGUCGUGCCGGUGCUUACGAUGGCGAGUCCAACUACGAAAAGUAUCUUGUCGAUGCCGUAUCUGACAUCUACAAUGACUGGCGGACUGGCUGGGUCACCCAAUUGACCGCCAAGGCCCCGGAUUAUCAGGGCACGCAUGUCAAGAAGUUCCAAGAUCUUUUCACCAAUUUCUACUCUCGGGACGCCAGUGGCCCGUAUCUUUUGGGCAACAAGCCGACCUAUGUGGACUUUGCAGUCUUCCAGGCCCUCGACAAUGAUGAAGCCAUUGGUCACGGUCCUGACGCACUGUCAGAGCCAUUGAAGAAAUUGAGGGAAGCCAUCCUUGUCCGCCCUAAUGUCCAGGGUUAUUUGGCUGAGCGAGCAGCGGCAAAGUAAGCCGUACAGUCGCUAAGACGAAAAGUUCUGCCCAUCCUACCUCUUCCAAGUAUGACCGAUCAACCGGACCGGAGACUAUAUUUAGAUCUGGGUAUAAAGCGGCUUUGUCUUUUCUUUGUUCUUUUUUUUGUUGGAUUGUGCAUUUCGGCUGAUACAUUUGUUCAUGGCAAUAAACGUCAAUAGAAUAGCAUGAGUCCAUAGCGCUGACGGUACCAGCUGAUGGUACCACUUCCGCAGUCAUCCAGCGGUGAAUGGGUUGAUCUUCAGCACCCAUUUCACCUGCUGCACGAAAUUAUUUAGCAUGGCAUUAUACAGAUAGAAUAUAGUCUUUGCGCAGUAACUGCAAACACACAUGCCCAAGUUGGGCUGCUG